CCAUCUCUGUCAUUUGUCAGUGUCACUGUCAAACGAAUUGUGGUGAGCGAAUGGUCGGUUCUUAUUUGUAAUAAAGAAAUCGCAAUAAUUUGCGUUUGGUACAAUUUAAAACGAAUCGCUAUUAAUAGUAUAAACAAUGGCAAACUCUGGAAAAGGCACUUUCCAACCGGACUCAGAUGUUCACAUUUCGUUUGAAGAUCAGCAGAAAAUAAACAAAUUCGCACGUUUAAAUGCUAAAGUAGAUGACUUUAAAGAUGAACUGAAAGUUAAACAGAAUGACAUGAAAAAUUUAGAAGAAGCUGUGGAGGAACUCAGUCUUGCAGAUGAUGCUGAUAAAAUACCUUACCUUAUUGGCGAAGUAUUUAUUUGUCAGGGACUCGAAGACACUUUGAAAUCAUUAGAAGAUGCCAAAACCCGUAAAGUAAAUGAAAUAAGCGAACUUGAGGCCAAAUGUGAUGAGUUGAAAUCCCAAAUGGCUGAAUUAAAGGCCCACUUGUAUGGAAAGUUUGGCAGUCACAUCAAUUUGGAGAAUGAGGAAGAAUAAUUAAUAUAAAUUCAUUUUAGCUGCUUUGUAAUCGAAUAAAAAGAAUACUGCAUGUAAUACAAAUAUUUAUUAUUAAGGCAGUUGUCCCACCGGCAACGAUGAACGAGUAACGAGUAGAGCUAGAACUAGAAACUAGUGAAAACAAAAACAAACAAGUGAAGCGAGCACUCGCCGGCAGUGUGAACAGUCAGCGAUCAACUAUUUGUAUAUGCAUCUCUUUUGUUUACACGGAAAGUAUAUCUAUUGUACGUUUCUUGAGCGAGAAAAUAGCCGAUAGUUAGUCGUUCACUCGCCGUUGGUGGGACAACUGCCUAAGUCAGUAUUACCAUAUUAAACAUAGUCCAGCUGCUUAAGAUAUUUAAAUAUCACAAAUAAUAAUUAUGUAAUCUUGGCUUUGCCUGGCUCACAUGUCGCUACAUUGUUCUUUAAAACAAAGCCCUCUAACAUUGUAAUAAUAAAUAUAAGGCUAAACAUUGAAAAUAAAGAAUAAUAUUUUUAUUUUAUAA